UCCCCUGCCCUGCCCUGCCAUCCCCUGCCCUCCCCUCCCCUUCCUUCCCCUUCCCGCCCUUCCCUCUCCUCGCUCCCGGAGGGCCUGCGCGGCCAUGGCUCUCGGGCUCGGCGCUCUGCGCGUCCUGCUGGGCGGCUUCUUCGCACUCACGGGGGCAGCCAAGCUUUCGCAGCAGAUCUCGGCUCCCGCGUCCCAGCAGAUGAAAGCCCUGUUUGUGCAGUUUGCUGAGGUGUUCCCGUUGAAGGUGUUCGGCUACCAGCCCGAUCCCAUGAACUACCAAGAGGCUGUGGGCUGGCUGGAACUGCUGGCUGGGCUGCUGCUGGUCCUGGGCCCACCCAUGCUGCGAGAGAUCAGUAACUUGCUUUUGACCCUGCUCAUGAUGGGGGCUAUCUUCACUUUGGCAUCUCUGAAAGAGUCGCUGAACACCUACAUCCCACCUAUCAUCUCCCUGGGGCUUCUGCAGCUUCUGGAUGUCUGCCAUCUCUGAGUCCAAAGGAGGUGGUCAGGCCCACCAGGAAGAA